UCGUGGAGGAGGGAGUAUCAGUGCUGAACAAGCCACCAUCACCACAGGUCCUCCACGACCCUCCAUCACCUCCAUCACCCUGCCAUCCCUGGCAUGCAAUGUGUGCUUGCAGGGAGGCUGCCACCCUGGCGGCGGGGAGAGGAGGGCUGAGUGGCAGGGGAGGGAGGGAGGACAGUGGCGGGGGAGGGCACAACCGCCGCCGCCACUCUGAACAAAGGAGUGGCGUGGUAACGGCCACUGCCACCGCCGCCGCCGCCGCCGCCACGUUCAAACCGGCGGCGUUCCUGCCUCCCUGCCGCCCUGCCGCCGCCGCCGCCUCCCUCAGACGUCUCGCCCAACAUGUCCUGGCCUGUGAGGCAUCAAUUACAAGAUUGCUUGAUCUUGGAUCGACAAAGUUCUUGUCAUCUCCAACAUGCAGCAGCUUUGAUGAAGAGUGUGAAUUGGUUAUUACAAUAUUAUACAUGGCAAUGUCCUUCCCUGGGCAGUGCAAUUUGCUUUUGAUCAAAGGAGUUGUUGCUGAUUUCUUUGAAAGAUGGUUUGAAGAUGGAGGCAGUGCAGAAUUUUCAAGUUUAAUUCACAUGUUGAAAUGUGAAUGGAAGUGCAGUGCUGUCUCAACAUUAUUAUUAUUACGUGCCAACCUUCUACCCCCCGGAUGUGAUAUUGUUGAACUACGAGAGACUCUUACCUGGGAGAAAAAAUGGUUUAACACUACUACUCCUGUAUGGCUGAUGGAUGCAGCUGGCUGCACUGAAGAUGUAUCUGCACUGAAUGGUCUCCUUUUUUACUCGGCCAUGAUGCUCGGAGGUGAUACAGUUAAUGUGGAUUUUGAAGGUGGAUACAUUGGUUCAACAGUAAAAUUUCUCCAUGGAAGCCAGCUCUACAAGAAAGGGAAUUUUGAAGAAAGCCUAAAUUGCUUGCAUUGUAUUCCACAAUCUGAAUGUGGAGCAGACCUACAAGGAUGGAUAUUUUGGCUUACAGGACUUUGCCUUUUAAAAUUAGGAAAACCUCAUACAGCAUUAUUAAAACUUCAAGCAGCUGUUGAUAAGAGUCAGAAAUGUGUCUCUGCUAUCUACAACAUAGCUCAAGUUUUCUACAGUUUAGAUCUUUGCAGUGCAGAACUCGAGACAUUGUCCCUGUUGAUGGCAAGUGGAGAAGAGGAGGACAGCCCUUCUCCAUUGAACCUACAGGCCUCCAUCUUGGCUCUGCAUCACACACCUGUCAACCUGUCUCUUCGUGCCCACUACCUACUGGCCAGCAGGUGCCUACAGUUAAAGAUGUACAAAGAAGCCAAGGAUAAGUUUACCCUUCUCUUGGAGAAUCUAGAAGGCCUAUGUGUGCCAUCAUCUACCAGGCUGAGGACAUUAUUGAGGCCAGAGGAUGAAGCACCUGAGGUGCCAACAUAUGAGUGUGUUUCUCUCCUGGCUGCUGUUACACAUAUGACUUGCAAUGAAAGUAAAAAUGCCUUAAGGGUAUUAUCCAAGUUUAAAGAGAGAAAUGGCUUAGACGACAACAAUUCUAAUGUUCUGUGAACUGAAGGUAUCGAACAUCCAACAGCCGCUGCGUGCCUUGUCAGAACUGAGGCUCUUGCCAAAAUAGGAGAAGUUAAGGAUGCUCUCAAGGAAUGCAUCAGAUUAGAACAAGCAAUGUCCUGGGUGAGUGGUGCUGCUCAAACCGAGUGGGAUGUUUGCAUUUUGGUAUUGAAAACUCGACUCUAUCGAACUUUGUGGAAGUUGCACCAUUCUGAACAAAAUCAGCAGAAUGAACUCCACUACAAACGACUUACAACUCAGUGCUUAAACCUUUUAGGGAACCAAACUUCCUCUCCUUCAUGGCAAGAUGUGUCCCUUUCCAAUAAGCUUGCAAUGGAUAAUAUUUAUUUUCAUAUGAGAGAAAAUUUAGAAUUUUAGUAGUGUAAUAAUACUAAAGUUGUGGCAUAAGAACUUUUUUCAAUUUCUUGAGAUUGAACCUGGUAGUUUGUAAUUCCUACACUUUUGUACGAAUUUAAAUAAUGUGGGAUGAUUAAGAUUACAGUAUUCAUUUACAUUGUAAAGAUCAUUAUACAACUGUAGUUAACUAAAUUAUUAUUAUUAUAUUUGUUUAGGGGAAAGCCCUAAAUCCAAGGAGGGGGAUGACAGGUUCAAUUCCUUGGAUCAAGAGCCACUCACCAGCAUCAAGGAGGGGUAUUGCACAAGAGAAUUGGGUAUCAUCAUUCACUGAGACUACAGUGUAUCAGUUUAUAAUAUUUUGUAGAAAACUAAUUAGACCCAAAAGUUUGUAUUGCUGAAAGUGUUAUCAUAUGAAAGACAACUAAUUUUAUGGCUAUACAGUGGACCCCCGCAUAACGAUCACCUCCGAAUGCGACCAAUUAUGUAAGUGUAUUUUUGUAAGUGCGUUUGUACGUGUAUGUUUGGGGGUCUGAAAUGGACUAAUCUACUUCACAAUAUUUCUUAUGGGAACAAAUUCGACCAGUACUGGCACCUGAACAUACUUCUGGAGUGAAAAAAUAUCGUUAACCGGGGGUCCACUAUACUUAACCUU